CAAAUAUAGAUAAUGCACAAGGACGUUAAAAAAAAAAAGUGAAAAUUUUUUGUGAACUCACUAUCGAGAAAAAUUUUUUUCACAUUCCGACAAUUGGUGAUCGCGUUAUUAUUAGUUCGUUACAUCUAUUUUAGCAUCGAUGAAUGCUUGUAAAAUCAAUUUUUUCAGAAGUUCUUGAAGCUAUGUAAUCCACAUCAUAUGAAUAUCACUUCCCUUCUUGCGCUUUGUUUAAGUUCAUCGGAAAAUAGAAUUCGUGUCGCAGGAAAAUAUGAGAUGACUCUUCAUGCGAAAUACGCGUCGGAUUUUCGAGGAACGUGAGCAUGAAAUGCAGAUCCAUCGCGUCCGGAAAAAGAUUUAUUUGUUGAAGCAAUAUUCGAAAUCGUCAAAGAAUUCUUUCGGCUGUUUUUUUGAUGAAUCAGCCGGCGGAGAUACGUUUUUGACCGGAAAAGCUGCGGGAUAUUUUUCAACUUUUUGUGUCGGCUACAGAAACGAGCACGUUCAUUAAUCGAUUUAGUGAAAAAGAAGAAAAAUGGCAGCCGGAUACGAUGAUUGUUACGACGCUUCUUGGCAUUUGAUACCGCCCGAUUAUGUCAGCAACGAGGAGGAUUACAGGCUAUUGGAAAGUAUGAAAAUGCCGGCUAGAACUUCUGGUUUUGCCAUCAGCGACAUUUUGGAAUUAAACGAUGCCAAACCGUCGCAAGAAGAACCAGACGUGCAAGGUACCACGACGGUCUUACCAACGGCUACCGACAUGCCGUCGGCUUACCAGCAAUUUCUGGAGCACACAACCGCCAUGUUGCAACCUAUGCACACUAAUCUGAACAGGGGUACACUACCACCGCCUCCACCUGGAUUAUUAGGAUGGCCAACUGGACCGGCAUUACCAACAACAUUACCUCAACCCUUGGAGGAGGUGAAUGUUCUUCAACAACCAGACUCGACGAGCCCGGCGAUCUCGGAUAUGUCAUUUCCGUCACAACAGGAGAACAGUCACGAAUCAUCGAAGGACGAAGAGUCACAGGACUUUGAGGACGAGCAACAGAAUGGCAACGAGACGUCGCAACCCCACGAAACCGAGCAUAAGAAACGCAAGCGACGCGUGCUCUUCUCCAAAGCGCAGACUUAUGAGCUAGAGCGACGUUUCCGUCAGCAGCGUUAUUUGAGCGCGCCCGAGCGAGAGCACUUGGCCUCUAUCAUUCGCCUUACGCCGACUCAGGUGAAGAUCUGGUUCCAGAAUCACAGGUACAAAACGAAGAGAGCGGCGAGUGAACGUGUUGAAGCCGGUGGCAGCGGUUGCUCGCCCAGAAGAGUCGCCGUGCCAGUGCUAGUGAGAGAUGGCAAACCCUGCCAAUCCAAGCUGAUGGAACCUACUGCAUAUCCCGGAAGCGGCCAGGUCCCUAUGGCGCCAUAUAUACCACAGAAAUAUUGGUGGUAAAGUAGUUAACUGAACUGACUAGGAUAAAAACAAUCCAGAGCAAUUUGUGGCGAUUCACGCUAAUCGACAAUUAUUGCGAAACGAUAUUGCAAUUCCCGAUUAAAAUAUUGUCGUGAACAAGAAGUCAUAAACGAAGAGAACGAAGAAAGAUGAAGAAGAAAUUCAAGAUGGAAGGUAUGAAUAAUCUUAGCAGUGAUGUUGAACAUGUUAAAGUGUUAGAAGGUUCGUGAUAAUGCGAUAGUAAUAAUAAAUAUGAAUUCGAUAAUCAUCGAUGACAUCAUCGACGAUAUUAUCGUCAAGAAAGAAAGUAUAAAUAAAUGAUUAACAAGCAUUAGUUGGAAAUAAUUGACGGAAUAAAUUUUGGAACAUUAGUUCUUAAGUUCAACUUCUCAUGCAUAUCUCCUCUUGAACGUAAUUACAGACAUAGACAUGAAAUGAAAAGCUAAAUCAUUUCUAAGUUUGACAACGUGUUUAAUCAUCAGAUGUAUUUCGAGAAACAUAUACAAUCGGACUUCUCAAAGUAAAAUUGCUUGAUGUACGAUGUUUUACGGAACAAGUUUUACAAGAGUUUUACAAGAGUGUUUAACACGC